AUGGUUUCUACCAAGCUCAUCUUGGCCGUUUUGGCCUACGACGCUGCUAUUGCAGCUGCUGCCGGCGUUCCAAAUGCCAUCAAUGCAGGUGUUGCCAUCGUCGAGCGUGACGAAGCCAACGUUGACCAUAUCAACAAAAUAAUCGAACGUGAUGGCGCCAUGACCGUCACUGUCACCAUGACUGACUGUGGACCCGCACCCACUCCAUCGGCUUCAGUUCCGGUCCCAUCUGCUACCUCAGCCAGCGCCUCGGUUCCAGACGUCACCACUGCCGUCCCGACUGGCUCCACUGGAGUUCCUACUUCUUCUGCUGAGGUUCCUACUUCUGGAGCUUCCACUGAGGUGCCAUCUUCUGCCAUGACUACCACCAUGGCUACUGAGUCCACCUCAGCUCGCAAGACUACGACUUCAGCUACCCAUGAGACCACUGCUAACCACCCCACUCCAUCUGAGACUGUGGCCAAGCCAACUCCCUCUGCCAUGGCUUCUCGCCAUGUUGGCUUCCACGCCGUCUUGGCCGGUAUCCUUGGCGCUGCAGUCUUUGCUGCCUUGUAA